UCACUGCGAGACCAGCAGCACGCUCAUAAACACUCGCGAGCCACGCGAAUUUAAAAGCCCUGCGACAUAAACUCAUCACAUGCUCGAGCAAGUCUCACACAUCUGAGAUAUUUUACAAGAAGUUGGUGGAUUAUCGGAGUAACUGGGGAAGUUAUGCUUUUUCCCGUGACCAUCGCAAAAGCUUAAAAAUGAAUCCUCAUUGCGCGCGCUGUGGGAAAAUCGUCUACGCAACAGAGAAAGUGAACUGCCUGGACAAGUAUUGGCACAAAGGAUGCUUCCAUUGUGAGGUGUGUAAAAUGACCCUCAACAUGAACAACUACAAGGGAUAUGAGAAGAAGCCCUACUGCAACGCGCACUAUCCAAAACAGACCUUUACAAUUGUGACAGACACCCCUGAGAACCUGCGGCUGAGACAGCAAAGUGAGCUCCAAAGUCAGGUCAAGUACAGGAAGGAUUUUGAACAGAGCAAGGGUCGGGGGCUCAAAUUUGUCUUGGACACUCCAGAGCUACAGAGACUGAGGAAGGCCCAGGAUCAGAUCAGUAAUGCAAAGUAUCAUAAGGAUUUUGAGGUGUCAGGUUUGCAUGGGGUCACUCAGGGGACCCGUGGGUCGUACCUGGUACGGGCUCAGAUGACACCUAACCAUGAGACGGUGGGGAACAGCACACACAAGGGUGUCCAUCAGUACAUCAUGGAGAUGGAUCGAAGACCUGGCGUCAUUGUGGCACCUGUUCUCCCUGGUGCAUACUAUCCCAGUGGCCACAGCCGGGGACACAGCUACAUGCAUCAGACCAGCAUGCAUUCACUGAGGUCAGUGCAGCUGAGGUCACAACACAUGGGCUUGACGGUGUACAGGGCCCUGUAUGACUACACAGCGCAGGAUUACGAUGAGGUGUCAUUCCGGGAUGGUGACAUCAUACAGAAUGUGCAGCCCAUUGAUGAAGGCUGGAUGUAUGGAACGGUGCAGCGGACGGGAAAGUCUGGUAUGCUGCCUGCUAACUAUGUAGAGGGCGUUCGCUAGCUGUUCUUUUACUGAACCACAUAUUUGAAUUGUCAUUAAAGGGUUAGUUCACCCAAAAAAGAAAAUUAGCCCAUACAUUACUUCCCUUGAAGUCAUCCUAGGUGUAUGUGACUUUCUUUUUUCAUACGAAUCCCGUCAGUUAUUAAUCAAUAUUUUAAGCUGUUUGAUGUCACUCAGCGGGUGUUGCACUCCAUCGGUUCAUGAGAAGUUUAAUAAAAAUCACAUCCAUUAAAAAAAAAAAAAAAAAAGUGUCUCGCAUGUGACGAACAGAUGCGUUUUUGUAAGAAAAACAACCAUAUUCAAAUAGUAAUGAUCACUUUAAUCUAGCUUGUGCUCUCUUUUGUAAACCAGAAGCAGUUCCAGGGGAAUGAUGUAUGAGGUCAGUGGUGCGCAUGCGCCGAUGAGUUUCGUGAAAACCAAUGUUUGUUAACAGGAGCAAAAUGAAACCAGUCUCCUUUUUGGUUUAUAUCGAAAUACUCCCAAAAAUUUUUUCAUAUCCUCGUUUUCUACUUCUAAUUAGUUACCACUGUUUUGUUUUUAUCUCGCCACUGAGUAAUUUAUGGCAUAAUUUUAAUUUUUGGCUGAACUAACCCUUUAAAUGGUACAGGUACAGCUCUAUUUUAAUAGUGAAAAUUGUUCCAUUGUUUAUAAUGUUUUAUUUCUUAUUUUGUUAUUCUGAACGUCCAGUGUAAGUGUAUGUACUCUACUGUUCAAAAGUUUGUUGUCUGUAAGCUUUAUUAUUAUUUAUUUUUUAAUGAUUACUUUUAUUCAGCAAGGAGGAAUUCAUUUGAUGAAAAGUGACAGUAAAGACAUAUACAUUGCUGUAAAACAUUUCUGUCUUGAUCUUUUUAAAAUUUCUAUACAUAAAAAAAGUCCUAAAAAUAAAAUAAAAAACCCUUCACACCAGCACAACCGUUUUCAACAUUGUAAAUAAAAAAUAAAAUUCAGCUUUACAUCACCGGAAUAUUACAUUUUAAAAUAUUCAAAUAGAAAAGUUAUUUUAAAUGCUUUUCACUGUAAUUUUUAUCAAAUAAAUGCAGCCUUGGUGAGCAAAAGAGGCUUCUUUCAAAAACUUCAAAAUCUCUUGCGACCCAGACUUUGGAAAGGUAUUGUAUGUUGAUGUAAUAAUUUUCUACCAACAUGGUAUUUACUUUGAAAUAAAUGUUAAAUGUACAAAAUGUAUAGAGGAUUGUCAAGAGGAUUUUACCACUUAAAUAUGAAAGAGAGCAUUAUUUUUUAACAGCAUGUUGCCUUGUAAAACAUGAAUGUGUAAACCGUUCUGCACAAUGUAAAUGAAAUGUUCCACUACAACCAAAACUGCAUUAAAACAUGACAUAUCUUACCCACUGUCA